GGAUGUGUUUCCUCCCAGGCUGACCCCACCUUCCGGCCUGGGCCGCCGCUGCAGCGGAAAGCUCGGCUCUGGUUUCUGAGUCGAUUGUGACCAUGGCUGCUGAGUCUGAUGUUCUGCACUUCCAGUUUGAACAGCAAGGAGAUGUAGUCUUGCAGAAAAUGAAUCUCUUGAGACAGCAGAAUUUAUUUUGUGAUGUUUCAAUUUAUAUUAAUGACACUGAGUUCCAGGGGCACAAGGUGAUUUUAGCUGCUUGCUCCACUUUUAUGAGAGAUCAAUUUUUACUCACGCAGUCAAAACAUGUCAGAAUCACCAUCUUGCAGAGUGCAGAAGUUGGCAGAAAAUUGUUGCUCUCUUGCUACACUGGAGCACUUGAAGUUAAAAGGAAAGAGCUUUUGAAAUACUUGACUGCUGCUAGUUACCUUCAGAUGGUUCACAUUGUGGAAAAGUGCACAGAAGCUUUGUCAAAAUAUCUGGAAAUUGAUCUUUCUAUGAAAAAUAACAAUCAACAUGCUGACCUGUGUCAAUCCUCUGAUCCAGAUGUUAAGAAUGAAGAAGAAAAUUCAGAUAAAGACUGUGAGAUCAUUGAAAUUUCAGAGGAUAGUCCUGUAAACAUAGAUUUCCAUGUUAAAGAAGAAGAAAGCAAUGCUUUACAGUCUGCAGUAGAGAGCUUGACAUCAGAAAGAAAGGAAAUGAAGUCACCGGAGCUGUCUUCAGUAGACAUAGGUUUUAAAGACAGCGAAAUUCGUAUCCUCCAUGUGGAAUCAAUCAGUACUGGGGGUGUAGAAAAUGGGAAGUUUUCACAGCCUUGUACCUCUUCAAAAGCAAGCAUGUAUUUCUCGGAAACACAGCAUUCACUGAUCAAUUCUACAGUUGAGAGCAGAGUGGCAGAAGUUCCUGGGAAUCAAGAUCAGGGCAUAUUUUGUGAGAAUACUGAAGGAAGUCAUGGUACAGUGAAUGAGAUUCAGAAUCUAGAGGAUGCUUUUUCCCUGAGGCACCAGUGCCCCCGGUGCCCUCGGGGGUUUCUUCACGUUGAAAACUAUCUGCGCCACCUUAAGAUGCAUAAACUGUUCUUGUGCUUACAGUGUGGGAAAACAUUUACACAAAAGAAAAAUCUCAACCGGCACAUUCGAGGGCACAUGGGCAUACGGCCCUUUCAGUGUACUGUAUGCCUGAAGACAUUUACUGCUAAAAGCACACUUCAGGACCACUUGAACAUACACAGUGGGGAUCGGCCAUACAAAUGCCACUGUUGUGACAUGGAUUUCAAGCACAAAUCUGCUCUCAAAAAGCACUUAACCUCUGUCCAUGGCAGAAGCAGUGGUGAAAAACUACCCAGGCAUGAUCUGGAAAGGCAAAAUCGACUAUAAUUAGAAUCACACCUUGCUAUGUAAGCCUUACAUCAUUCUGUUAGGCAAGUCUUUCUAUAGAAAUGCAGCAUUUGUAAUAUUGCAUUUCCAACCCUAUCUUUGGGUCUUAUUUUUGG